AGCAGUUUUUAUCUGUCAGCCUGUUCACUGUUCUGGCAGUUUAUGUCUCGCGAGAGCAGCCGAGCACGGGCUUGACGAGAUCUGAGGCGCUCAGGUGUAAGAGCCUCUCUCAUCCCCAGCAGUGGGAAACAGUAGACAGAUAAGUGCGUCUGAGAGACUGCAGGCAUCUCUGUGAUCUCCGGGCUCAAGGCUGCACUCGGCGCACUACACAGCGAACUACACCGCAUCAUUACUGGAUAGGCAAAGGAUCACUGUGUAUCUAUGACUAUUUUCCAGCUCUUGUAGCCGUUUCCCCCCCUUUUUUUUCCCCGUGCACUUUAAUUGGAGAAGCUCGCCAAGAUGAUGUCCAUGAACAGCAAACAGCCGCACUUCGCCAUGCAUCCCUCCUUACCCGAGCACAAGUACACCACCCUGCAUUCCAGCUCGGAAGCUAUAAGGAGAGCCUGUCUACAAACUCCACAGCUGCAGAGUAACAUAUUUGCCAGUCUGGAUGAGACCCUGCUGGCCCGGGCCGAAGCUCUGGCGGCCGUGGACAUCGCCGUGUCCCAGGGCAAGACGCACCCGUUCAAGCCCGACGCCACCUACCACACGAUGAGCACCGUGCCAUGCUCGUCGACGUCCACGGUUCCACUGGCCCACCACCAUCAUCACCAUCACCACCACCAUCACCAGAACCUGGAGCCCCCGGACAUUAUGGACCACAUCACCUCGCCGUCCCUCGCCCUCAUGUCCAGUGCGCACGACGGGACCGGCGGUGGAGGUGGCGGGGGCGGCGGAGGUGGCGGCGGAGGGCUCAUCUCCACCUCCUCCCAUCCGCACUCUCACAUGCACGGCUUGAGUCACCUCUCCCACCAGGCUAUGAGUAUGAACUCGCCUCUCACCCAUCACGGGCUCUUACCGGGCCAUCACGGGGGGAGUCAAGGCGGCCCAGGGCUCACUAACACCGGACUCCCGUCCAUCAAUGACUCGGACACAGACCCAAGGGAGCUGGAGGCUUUCGCGGAGCGCUUCAAGCAGCGGAGGAUCAAGCUUGGGGUGACCCAGGCGGACGUGGGCGGCGCUCUGGCUAAUCUCAAAAUCCCCGGCGUGGGAUCACUGAGCCAAAGUACAAUUUGUCGAUUCGAGUCGUUAACUCUGUCCCACAACAACAUGAUUGCGCUCAAACCUAUCCUCCAGGCCUGGUUGGAGGAGGCCGAGGGGGCCCAGAGGGAGAAAAUGAGCAAACCUGACAUUUUCAACGGAGGGGAGAAGAAACGCAAGAGGACCUCGAUAGCGGCCCCAGAAAAGAGAUCUUUGGAGGCUUACUUCGCCGUACAGCCUCGACCGUCAUCCGAGAAAAUAGCAGCUAUAGCUGAAAAGUUGGACUUGAAAAAAAAUGUGGUGCGAGUGUGGUUUUGUAACCAAAGACAAAAGCAGAAGAGGUUGAAAUUUUCCGCCACUCACUGAUGGGCGAGUCUGUGGAGGUGGUGGGGAAAAAAAACACAAAAAAGAAAAGGAAAAAAAAAAAAAGUUGUGUGACUGAAUUUGGGGACCAAGGGACACUUCUAAAGACACCAUUUUCAGUCUUUUGUCUCCAGCGAUUUUACACGUUGGCGCACAAUGGGCUUUAGAUACCCAUUUUAUGAGGCUUCAUACUAUAUCUUGUUUAUUUUCACGUUAUCGGUGAAUGUGAAGUAUGCAAAUAACAGAUUACACAAAAUUUCGCUCAGUUGUUUCGAGGGAAAAAAAAAGUUUUAGCGGACGUCGACAUUGCCUUUAAAAAAAAAACACGUGAAGAGGUAAUUUGCUUGAUACUAUAGCGAGUUAUUUUCUCCGAAUAGGCCUAUUAUUUGAAGUAUAGCCAUUUACGAAUUACCUCAUUGAUUGUUGAACUGUGUUUUUGGUUUGAUUUUUUGUCGUUGUUGGUAUAGAAUAAUUCAUGAAUCUGUUCAUUUAUUUAUCCGUUUUUUUAUUUUUAUUUUGGAGGCUGCUAUAAAGUCAAAUUUAGUUGCAAACUUUUAUGGCUUAAAAAAAAUAAAAUAAUGUAGGCCUGCAUGAAAUCCUGAUUCACGGGCGGUAAUUUAGCCUCUAUAGGCUGUCACAUCUAGAGAUAUAUUUAUUUUGAAUUUGCACAAAAAGACCCUUUAGGUUUAUAGGUCGGUUAUGUCGAAAUGGUUUUGUAUAUACAGACAUCACUGUCACUUACCAGAGGUGAGCUCCUGUGUUUUUUUUGUUUUUUUUUUUUUUGUUAUAAAU